AUGAGCGAAAGAAAGGAAAAAAGAUCUAAACUAAGUGGGGGUUUAGUUUUAGUAAUUAGCAAUAACCUUCAAAAUGAAUUUGAUAAUCUUAUAACCAUUGCUACCUUAACCACCGAAGAUGUUGAUAAUAUUAGACCCUUUGAAGUUUUUGUGGAAAGCACCCCUGAAACCGGUCUAGACUACCCAAGUAAAAUUCUGACUGGCUAUGCUUUUGCUGUUUAUAAAGAGUUACGUUUAGUUAAAAAGUUAGGAAAAGUUAAUAAAGAAACAAUGAAAAAGGUAAAAAAUGCCUUGAAAAUAACUUUUGAACUAGAAGAUUAA